CACGCGUAUGAAGAGUACACAUCAUUACAUUAUUUAAGUGUAAAUUAUUGUGAUUUAAAGCAGUAAGUAGGUACAAACCCCACCCCACCCCAGGGUAUCGGAAGCAACACGUCAUGGAAUGACAAACAGCUGUCAACACAACAUCAGAACGUCACACGAUAAAGUAACAAAAUGGCGGCAUCUGAGGAAGAUUACAAAUAUUUGAAACGAACAGGAACUGCAGGGGUACGCGGUCACUUGUAUGAGACUAAACUACUUAGCCUGAUAUACUUCAGAUUAUUGCACGACGAUGAUUUCGAAGAGUUCUACCUAGGCACAAACGUUGACAAGCUGGGCUCAUUCGAUGACAUAUGUUUUAGAGCUAAAAUAAAAGGCUGUGCUCAGCCACUCGCAGUUUUCAUUCAAGCCAAACACAGAGAAAACAACUCGGUUUUAACAUUAAACAGUGGAGCUGAAAUGGAAAAGCAUUUACAAAGUUUCUUGGAAAUAAGAAAAAAACUCCAACCUGGAAGUAAGGAUAAGCUUUUCGAAGCGACAACCGAUAAAACACAAUGCCUGUGUGUUAUUUACACAACGGCAAAUGGUGAUAAAUCCUCUACAGUGUAUGAAGGUGCGAAUGCUGAAAAACUGAAUGAUUUGAUAGCAACGGCUGCUGGAGCCACCAAACCGGCCCAUCAUAGGCGCGAUAUAGAUCGUUUAUGUACAACAUAUUUGGAAUACCAAAUGCGCGCAUUCGCUCGUAAAAUGGCAAAGUGCAUCCACAGUGAGAUGAAAGAUUACCAGGAGCUGUCGACUGACGACCACGUUCUGCAGUACCACGUCAUUAUAGCCAAGAAUUUUUUUAACAUUUCCGACGAGCAGAUUAACGGUUUUCGCACCGCGAAUUUUAAAGAGGAUUUCUUAGACGAAGAGGGAGAACGUUUUUUGUUGACACAUUUUCAAGAAGAACUGUUUACUGAGAUAAUCAAAAGGCAAAAAUCUGCCGCAACAUGCGCGGGACUUGAUGACUGCACCUUCGUUGUCGAUGACAAAGAUAAAGUCAAGGAUGAAGACAUUGCAGCGAUGUACCACCACAUCGCGAGUAGUAUUAUUUAUAAAACAAAAAGAUUCAAAUUCAUUCACGCAACAUCUUCGGAAAAGCACAAUUUAAUACUGAACAAAAUCAACUCGACACUACACAACAGAAAUAUAGCAUUGAAAACAGCUCUUUUGAAAUAUUUGCCGCCAAAUGAAUUCCAAUUUAAAGUUCCGGCGUGGUUCGGCAAUAAAGACUUAACAUUGCGAGGUGAUGACAAGAAACAAGAAAAAAAACUGAAUGAUUUAACAUCCAAAAUCGUCGGGUUAUUAAGGAAAUCAUGCGGUGACCGCGAUCCUGUCGCCACUUUAGCCGACAUUCUCGUAUUCCCCAGUGUUUCAGGACCUGUCGUGAGCGUCACAAUAGAUGACUCUAUGGGUAAAGGAUUUCUUCAACUCAGUGGCGGCAUAGCAUCAGCUGUUGGAAAUUUACUAGUUCAACAUCCUUUUAGCGACCAGCUCAUCUUCACAACUGAAUACGAUUCAUUAGGUCCACUUGCUAAAAGAUUAUAUGACAAAUUACAAGCCGAACUCAAAAAUUUGACAUUAUACGCAUUUAACAUAGAUGUAAAACAUGCAUUUCCGAAACUUUCAAUGAUUCAAGGUCAUAUUUUUGACUUAAAAGAAAAUGCUGAACUUUUUUUCGAUAGCUUAUUAUUUUACACUUCACAACUCGAUGAAAAAAAAGUAGAAGAAACAUUAAUUUACGAGAUAAGUCAGCAUUUACCUGAUGACGUGCACAAUGAAGAGAUCACAUCCAACGCCAUAUAUCUCAAGUAUCAUGAUAACAUCCAGAAGUGGUGGAUGUCCAAAGACGGGACGUAUCUGUCGAAGACUGGGACUUUAUACAAAGAUGCUGUAGAGCAUACCACAGGCCUUCCCCUGACGAGCGUCAUGAACAUGAUGGAGACAUUGAAAAACAAACAUUAUGACUUUAACGAGAACGCUAUUCGUUCUAUUCCACUGGCACAGCAGCCAGCUCAAACUAUUAUAUUAACGGACAGCACCUCACUGACCAUUGCUAAGCUCGCAAAACAACUCAAUUAUAAAAACUUCAUCGUAUUGGAUUUGAAAUACAUCCUGAAUCUAGUAGCAAAAGAUGACAAAGCGUUACGUGAAGAACUAACGAAUUUGAAAGAGUCCAUAACAAUAAUAAUGGAUUUCAGUUAUUUACUGCAGAAGAAAAACUGUUUGCGCUCACAGAGGAAAUUCCAGGAACUUGUGAAAUCCAUUCAGAGACACAAAACCGUAAUAGUCGCAGACCAAGAAUCUUUCUACUUAGUUAAGAAAUAUUUCCCAAAUUCAAAUAAUGUGGUGAAGGAUACAACAAAUAAUCUAAUUGACAUGAGUGAGGAAUCUCGAACACAUGUAUUGGAGAACACACAAGUGAUGUUCCUCGGUAAUGAAGUAACUCUAUCUCAAGUAAUAGAUAACAAGUCAAUUGCAUACGUAGUAGGAAGUGUGAUUAAUAAGCUAAUGCUGGGCGAUUUACAAACACUUACAAUAGGAAAGUCGGUACACAACUCAAAUUACAAAAAAGAAAUGUACCUGGACCGGACACUGGAGGAUGUGGAAAUACUAGAUCGGAAUCAAAAAUCUUCGAUAACUAUAUGUGCUCAUGGAACAGUUUCAACAGUUGAAUAUCCUACUGAUGGAAUACUGUCGACCAGAGGAAGACAGGAUGUAGUUUAUGGUACUUCGUCUCAACCGAGUAAAGAAGGUGUGAAUCGGAUUCGGACGCGCAAAUAUAUCGACAACAACCUCAAAGUACUAGUUGGUGAUGCUGGAAUAGGGAAAUCCACUUUCCUGACUCACUUGUCACAUGAAGCAACGAAAGAACAGCAGGAUUCGUGGGUACUGAGGAUAAAUUUAAUACAACAAUGUAAGCAAUUCUCUGAGUGGCAGGAUAGCAAAAAAAGGAUCGAUGUUUUAGAGAGUCUUAAAUUCUUGUGCCAAGUAGCUCUCAGCAAGAAUCAUAACAACCAUGAAGAAAGCGGUCAAGUGAAAAUAGCACUUGAACAGUGUGACGGAUUGUUUCAUCUAAAAGAUUGCUCAGCUGAUGACUGGACAGUUUUCGAACUGAAAAUGUUUCUGCAUUAUUAUAAUACAAAAAGAGUGCUAAUCCUUCUAGAUGGCUUUGACGAAAUAUGUCCAAUGUAUGAAAAUGAAGUGACUGCAUUCAUAAACACACUACUUAGUGAAGACUGGCAGCCUCGCGGCCAUAAAAUGUGGAUCACGAGCAGAACUGUUGGCAAUUUAGAUUCGUCCAUAGGCCUGACAACAGGCAUGGUUUAUAAACUAACGCCACUAAGUGGCCGUGAUCAGGACGACUAUCUUAUACGUUAUUGGGAUGAAAAGGGUCUGUUAAAGGAUCUUAACGAUCAGCAGUUUCGAAACAUCCAUGACUUCGUUCGCAGUGAUGAUGUGUAUAAAUUGGUCAAGAAAGUCGAUAGCCACGAUGGCCCAAGAAAGGAAAUAGCUUUUCUCUCUGUUUAUUUAAGCUUGAUCCGCUAUUUAGCUUCAAGACUCAACAAACCAAAAUUUCGACAUUUCAAAUUACACGAAGUUGUAAUUGAGAGUCUCAAGGUACUCACCGAAUCUAUGUCGAAAAUGAAGAUCGACAAUGUCAUCUCUAUUCCCGUACACUUGAACAUGAUAGCGGAUUACUUGUUCAAUAAAAUACGAGAUACUGGCAAAAUACCAAAUACCUGGGAUUUAAACAUGAACCUUUUUGACAUAUACGAAGGUUUCUUAAAAACCAAACUGAAAAUACGAGUUCAAGAGAAAAACAAAAAUGAUCUGUUCACCCCCGAUAACAAAUCUGAUUUCGAAGAAAAGUAUGCGAAAUUUAUGGAAACACAUAAAAAGUUGGGCGCAUACGCAGUGUUCGGUAAAACUAAUACUCUUCAAGUGAUCUUCAUGCAACAGAAUGAAGAUCAGUUGAAGAGUAUUGUGGAAAUGGUUAAAGACCUGAAGCAGGACUUUUUGAAAACAGGAGUUAUAACGAACGUAGUCAACAAUGUACCAGUGUUCAUACACGCGACGUUUGCAGAUUAUUUUGCCGUCGAAUAUAUUUGUGAUUUAUUCAAAACUGACUUAGAUCGACCUUUCAUAUGGAAUUUUAUAUUAAAUGUGAUGUUUUUCAGUGGCAAUGUAGGAGUCCUCACAUUAUUCGAUGCUAAAAUGAAAACGAACGAAGAACUAGUUGCCCUUUUCAAAGUUGACAACGAAGUCGUAUGUGAUAUAUUGUUGAAUCAAAAUGUAGAUGGAGAUAUCAGAUCUUCGUUAGCUGAAGCAGUAAAGCACAACCUGCGUGCCAUAGGAGUGUUCUUGUGUUCUGCAGUUGCAGACAAUCUUACCGAUACUAGGCUGAAGGAUUUCAUAAAAAUCGUUAAAGAUACAAACAUUAUAAUGACGGCCAUUAAAAUGGAAUUUGAAGUAAUAAUUGUAGAAAUUGUCAAUCUUGUGAAAAGUACAGACUCGUCGAAAUUAGUUGAAUUGUUUGAAAAGUUUAAAUUUAUUAAAAAUAUUGAGAACAUAACUACUGACGAACUGAUACAAUUGUUACACAAGUAUUUGUGGAAUCGCAUGGAAAUAGAAUACGAUUGGAGUUUCGUUCGUGAGUUUGUUGGUCUAAUACAAUUUAUAUAGGCAGUGGAAACUAAACAUCAGGUUAGACUGGAAGCCGAUCCCAACAUAGUUGGGAAAAAGGCUCGGAGGAUGAUGAUGAUGCUUAUAAACUCUUUUGCAAAAAAAGCGGGCACCUAUGCGAAAUCUUAGUUUUAAGGACUUUACGUGUAUUUCAAAGGGUUUCAAUGAUUGUAGUAUGUUUCUAUCAUCAAAAGGGUUAGCCACGCAUGCGUGACAGUGUAUUCUAAAUUUGAAUUUGGUACAAUUGCUAAGAAAUUGGUUACAGUACCGUAUUUUCUUGUGUACAGUAUUUUCUUGUAUGGCGGCGAUUAUCAUUUGUUAGUAUUUAGGGAGUUAGAACGUGUUUAGUGAAAUAAUAACUAUGUCUUAAAUCUGCUGCAGCUUCUACUUGUAUUGACAAUUUGCUACAGGUAUUUUAGUACGAAAUGUUCUAUUUAAAAAGGGGAACAAAUAUAAUGACCACCAUAAAAUGCUUUGAUACCCUUAGUUUUGUAACCAGAAAUAUCUACUGAACACCAGAAAAAUAAAGUCUAAAAAUGUAAUAGUACCAGCUAUUUUAGUCACGACUUCACUUUAAAUUGUAUUCGACCACCAAAUUUAGUAAAUGAUCACCAACUCUUGACGACCAAAUUAAUGUAUUAUUUUUGCCUAAAUAAGUCACUGUGAUUGCCAUAAAAUGUAGGCUUAUUACCAAAUAAAGUAUUAUGAAGCCAUUUUAAGUUAUGUGUCCGGCUUGCAAUGCAUGCGUGAGUGUCAGUAUGACGAGUGACAGGGGAAAAUGGAAGAAAAUGACAUAUUGCGCCGACCCCAAGUAAAAUUGGGAACAGGGCAGGAGAAAGAAGAAGAAGAAUGUGUUUCUCAAUACACUCCCUCGAAAACACACUCUUAUCGCACUGUUUAGAGGCAUGCAAUAGACAAUUUUCCACCUUAGUGCAGGAAAAGGGUCCCCACAAUGUUAUUACAUUUAUUGUAUCAGGCCGAACUUAUUUUUUUGGAGUCAGUUUACUUAAACAGGAUAGCAAGAUGUAAAAACUUUUAUUAUCAUUUUAUAUUAAAACGUUAGUCUAAUUUUGAUGAUCAUUUACUACUUUUGGUGAUCAUUUACUACUUUUGGGAUAACAAUGAUUUAUUUGGACUCAUUUUGCUUAAAUAGGAUAGCAGAAUUUAAAAACUUUGGUUAUAAUCUUACUUUAAAAUGGUGAUUUAAUUUUGGUGAUCAUUUACUAUUUUUGGCUUACGCAUGAUUUAUUUUGGAGUAAUUUCACUUAAAUAGGAUAGCAAAGUGUUAAAACUUUGGUUAUAGUUUUACAUUAAAAUGCGAGUUUCAUUUUGGUGAUCAUUUACUAUUUUUGUCUGCUAUUUGUUACUAUAUCUGGUGGUCAGUUAAACAUAAGCCUUUAAAAGCCCUUUCCAGUGAUAUAUAACUCAUUACUAGAGAAGGAAUCUAAGAACUUGAAACUAACUAUCUACUAAACUAACUAAUAUAUGCUCUAACAUCUAAAGUACUAAGAAUUGGUAAGUAGUAUGUUAGUACAAAAUGUAACUCUUGAAAAGACCUUUCAAAUGAUGUAUGACUCAUUGCUAGAGGGGGAGUAGACCAACAUUCAAACAUUUCGCCCAUUGUCCUUUCUUGUGAGAUAAGCUUGUACAAUUAUUUUUUUAAAUUAUUCUUGUCUGUGUUUUUAUGUAUACAUAAACUGUUAAAUAAAAAUAUAAAGGUAUAUUAACUUUCACAAAACAAUUUAUUUAACAGCAAACAAAUUGACAUAACAUUUGUUUGGUAUAUUAUGAAAACAAAUUAAAAAUUGUUUCACUAAAAGCAUCAGUUCAGACGGUUUCCAAGCGUAUCCUCUUGCGAAUAGCGUCGGUUUUCGCUUGCCACGGCACUGGACAACCACGGUUCUGGUACUGGGAUGUUCGCCACCACGUACAUGGCUACUGCUGGGGCCAUAGAUUAUACACUAAUACUGGUAUAGAUACGCCACUCUGAGAGCCAAAAUUCAGAAAACUAUAUUUCCCCCGCCGCUAGAUGGCGCGCAACUGGUAACAGAGCUAUAGGUGGCGCUAGUAGUACCAGAGUUACUUAAUUUGUCAUCUAUAAUAUAAAAAUGAAUCGCUAAAUGUGUUGGUAAGCGCAUAACUCAAGAACGCCUGGACCAAUUUGGCCAAUUCUUUUUCUGAUGUAUUUGUUAUUGUUACGAGAAGGUUCUUAUAAAGAAAAAAAAUAGGGUAGGGGGCGAGUUGGGUAGAGUAAGGUAGGAUAGCGUAGAGUAGUCAGUUCACGGAAGCGAAGCUGCGGGUAAAAGCUAGUCUUCAAUAAAAAAUCAUUGAAUGAUCAAAAACACAACAAUAAUUAUAAACUGAACUAAACUAAAAGUAAAUAGUUGUAAUUUCAAUCAUUUACUGAUUUAUUAAACGAUCUAGGGCUGAAAUAAUUCAAACUAAGCUAUUAUUUUCUUUUAUUUUUUUCUCUUAUUUUAAUAAUCAAAUGCUGGCUUUUUGAUUUGGCCAUUCCUAUCAAAACAUCUAAUUUUUCCAUUAAUAAGGACUGUGGCAGAUCGGACUGAUGGCCUUAUAUUAAAACACUGGACAAAGACGCAAGUGUUGUCUACAAACCGUGCCUAGAAGUAGUGUUGAGUUGUGUACGUUUUAAUUAAUUGUAUUUUGUGUAUUUGUUAUGACAUGAUUAUAUAAUUUUUUUUAAUUAAUGUGUUGCCUAAAUGUAUGUGUAUAUGUACUAAUACUAGAUUAUAAGCUGUUUAUGUCUUUACUAACAAUAAUGGAUUGUUUUAUCUGAAUUAAAAUUGAUUAUUAUUA